UGUGUUUGGUGUUUAAGCGAAUAAACGAUGGAUAGAAGUAGAACCGAUGAAUUUAAUUUUCAAAUAAAUCACAUUGUAUCACAAAACGAAGCCGGAUCGAAUGUAGAAUUGUCUAAUGAAAUCUCUUUCAACAGCAACGUCACCUCAUUUGAAAAUAUAUCAUUUUUCAUUACGACCCACAAAUACCCGACUGGUUUGAAUUUGAAUCAAAAACGAACUCUGAGAAAAGCUGCUACCAAUUUUGCCCUUAUUGAUAACAAGCUUUACUAUGUUGGCAAAAGCAAAACAGACAAAAGGCUUGUUAUCUUGGACGAAGAUGGGAAGAAACAAGUUUUUGAAGAUUGUCAUGGGAGCACUUCUGAAGGAGGGCAUGGGGGUCAGAAGAAAACACUGGAGAAAAUAGAAAGCUUCUUCUUUUGGCGUGGAAUGGUGAAAGAUGUUGUCAACUGGAUAGCAGCCUGUGAAAUUUGCCGUCAGAAAGAGGAGAAACGAAGUCAACUAUGCAAAAAGGUCAAGACCAUAGACUUCAUUAGUGAAACAAUAAGCCAGCACUCUCCAGAUGUAUGUCUAGAUGAUGCCAUCACAUGUAGUGAAACUGAUGAUCUUUAUGAUACAGCCAAGCAGAACAUGGAACAAAUCCAAUCCUCCCUAAAAAAAAUUCAACACUAUGAGAAGGAAAUUGUAAACAUGGCCAAAAAGGCUGAUCUGGAUAUUGACGAUGUACUGGACUUCCUCUUGGCUAAAAUCGUGAAACUAAUCAGUAGGAAAAAACGCGAAAUGAAAGCACAAGUUGAAGAACAGAAAAAUAGAUCUCUAAAUUUACUCAAAACGUCUCGUAAGCAACUAGAAGGAAGAUUCAAGACGACAAGAAAAUUCGUGUUAGAUGUGGAGAAAUCUGCUAAAGAUAAUCAGCCGUGGGAAACACCGCUUAAUAAAUCAGCGAUAACCGCGAAUUUACCUGAAGUACCGCUAAAAGAAAACCUUGGUGGAAUAUGGAGUGUCUUUCAUGCUGACGAAGCUCACACAGAAAUCGAAAAAAUUGUCAUGUCCUGUGGCAGUAUUUGCGAACAAUCUCCGUAUGAAAUAUCCAACGUUUUGCAACUACCAGCUUCACUACGCCUUACCAUUAGCAACGUCCAGUCCCAACACCAUCCCUUAUUUAGAGAAACCCAUGAAUCCCCGAGUUUUGUUCCAACUAGGAGUCUACGACUUUAUCACUGUCUUCACAAUCCUGACGUUGUUACAGACGAUGACUUUGUACUCCAUGAAAAUCAAAUUCAAUCCAUUGAUUGUCUCAGUGGAGAUACUGAAGUCUUCCUCAACUGUCUCCAAACUCGUCAGGUUUACGCCAUUUACAUCAGCUACCGCGAAGAAGGGUCAUCCGAGUGGUCACCAUGGAGCUUUCAAUUUCUUACCAGUACAAUAAUUCCUGGUUUUUCGUGGGAAGUAGGCAGUAGCGAUUGGCAAAUGUCUUCCGAUCACAGAGUCACUACUAAAAUCAUAGAUUCCCCCACGCCGAUUUACUCGUCAUCUGCGCAAUAUUUUCCAGGAUGUCGCAUCAGCUUCACUUUGGAGGAAGUACCUAACAUUUUACACGCUGACGAUGGGUUCGCUUUGAUUGAUCAGUGGGUGCAAGGAGGUACUCUAAAUCAGGAGGGGACUCUCUUUGUAAAUGUUGAAGGGAAAAUCUUUGUCGAUGGAAAAUUCAUUGAUGAAUUCGAUCCUCUUUCACUUGUAAAUUCUACCCUGACAUUGGUUUGCCAUCCACAAAUUGAGAAGGUUGCCGAUGGGAUCAGAAUGGAACUAACGAUCUCCUGCCACAAAAAAUCUCACUUAAUUUACUGGAGCGUUAGGAACCACAUUACCAACGUAUACUUUGCCGCAAGGUUUCAUCAGCCGGGAGCCCGUGUAACAAUUGGUUGAAAGAAAUUUUAAAUUUAAAGAAUGUAAAUAGUUGAAUUAAAUAAACGCCGAACUUACGUUUA